AUGAUGGUUAGAUGGAAGAUUAGAGCAAAUAUCGAUGAAAUCAACCUCGAUGAAGCAUACGGUGGUUACCUGACUAUGUUCUCAACGAGGUUGCACUAUAGUGGAGAGUUCACAAAGUUACCUAACAGAAAAUAUGUGAAGGGAAAAGUUAAAUAUAUCGAUCUUUUAGAUAGUGAUACAUUUUGUGCUCACGAAAUUGUUGAAAUAGUGGAGGAGCUUCAUCAAGUUAAGGAGGGAGAGAGUAGCCAAGGAGUUAUUAAUCAAACAGUGGAUGAUGAUGAUGUUCAAACACCACCUACUAUAAUUGAUAGAGUUCAAACACCCCCUUUUACAUCUAGUAAUUACUUGCAAUUAGAAGAUUUCAUUGAUGGAGGUCAAACACACCUUGAAGAUCAAUUUCAAGCACCAAAUUUUGAGUUUGAUCUUAAUGGACUUGAUGCGGAUGAGUUUGAUCUGAAGGGACAUGAUGUCGAUGUGGAUAACGGAAAUCAAACUAAAGAUAGUGGAGAGGAUUCUAAGGACUUAUCUGAUAGUGAUGCUAGUGAUUUGCAUAAUGAUGAGUAUAAAAUUAUAGAUGAACCUGAGGUUGAUAUGAAAGAUUUUUUCUACACAUUGACAAGGAUGUAG